GCGUGCACGACGGACGCCAAUAUGCCGGACAGCGUCAAGGCGGUGAUGCCGCUGCUCAACGACGAGGUCAUCGCCAAGUACUACGGCUGCGGCAUCGUCAUGCCGGAGGCGCUGGAGGGUUGCAACGUGCUCGACCUCGGCUGCGGGGCCGGCAGAGAUUGCUACAUCAUCUCCAAGCUCGUCGGGCCCGAGGGUAGGGUUGUCGGCGUGGACAUGACGGACGAGCAGCUGGAGGUGGCCAACCGCCACGUGGAUUUCCACACCAAGUCGUUCGGGUACGACAAGCCGAACGUAGAGUUCAAGAAGGGCUACAUCGAGAAGCUCGCUGACCUCGGGCUCCCAGACAACUACUUCGACGUGAUCGUGUCGAACUGCGUCAUCAACCUCUCCCCGGACAAGGACGCCGUCCUGCGGGAAGCCUACCGGGUGCUCAAGCCCGGCGGGGAGCUGUACUUCUCCGACGUCUACUCGGACCGGAGGGUGCCGCAGGACCUGGUGGACGACCCGGUCCUCUUCGGGGAGUGCCUGUCGGGCGCGCUCUACUGGAACGACUUCCUCACCAUCGCGCGCAGGCACGGGUUCAACGACCCGCGACUCGUCAGCGACUCCAGAAUCACCGUCUCCAACAAGAAGAUUGAAAAGAGGGUGAGCGUGGUGGUGUUGGUUGGCCACAUCGGCUUCUUUUCGGCGACGUACCGCCUCUUCAAGCUGCCGGAGCUGGAGCGAGACUGCGAGGACUACGGCGAGGCGGUGGUGUACAAGGGGACGAUGGCCUCCUCCCCACAGUCCUUCACCCUAGACAACCACCACACCAUGGACACCGGGCGAGUGUUCCCCGUCUGCCGGAACACGCUGCACAUGCUCAUGGGGACGCGCUUCGCGCGCUACUUUGACAAGGUCGGAGACGGCAAGACCCACUACGGGAUCUACCCGGACUGCGGUAAGCCCAUCCCGUUUGCGAGCGCGGGGGCGGCGGUCGGCGGCGCGGGGGCCGGGGCGAAGCCGGCAGCAGCAGCUAGCACAGGAGGAGGCUGCUGCUGAGAAUUUGAACGCCGCCGAAGGAUUUGUGGAG